AACGAAUUACAUGUUUGCACGAUAUCGUUGUGCGUGGAAGAAAAAUUAUUGGAACUACCUCCAAACGACCAGCACGAAAAUACGAAAUUCAAGCGAAUGGCCGAAUGACUUGACAGUUAUUAAUAAUUAACUUAAUGUACCUACCUAGCUUAUAAUUCAUUUUUACAAAAAAAGUUACAUAAAUAAGCAUACCUAGACGCGUCUUGACCUUUUUCGUUAGUUGUGUACAAGCUCAAUAUAAUAUGAACAUACCUAACACCUGCAGCUGGCAAUUAGGAGUUUGAACUACACAUUUUUGGAAAGAAAAAUAUCAUAACCUGAUUCAAAUUUUCACAAUACAGGUUUUUUUGGAGCAUUAUGAAUUCGUGAUAUAAAUAGAGCAUGAAAACGACGAUGGCCGAAAGCGCACCCAGCUAUAUCUCAACGCACCGCGGUUGGGUGUGUACGAAAUUCGUUGUCAAGGCGCUGUACUGCCGCUGCUGUCGUCGCGUUCAGUCAACGUGUUGGACGUGCACAAGUCCAUCGUCUGUUGAAGCACUAUCGUGGAAAAUUUCAAACUUAAACCAUGGAGUACCUGAAGGCGUAUGAGUGGAGCCUAGUACAAUGGCUUACCUACUACCACUUUCAUGUUGGGUUUGUAUCAAGACGAUAAAUAUAUCGUAAAAACUCAUCAGAUAUUAAAAUUUGUAUAAUGGAUUCCAUUAAUGGAAAAUAAAAUGAAGUGGGAUAGGUCGAAGAAAAAGAAGUUCCCUGAUAUUGAAAUUGAAAUGAGUAAUACCAACUACAACGGUAAAGAAGAAAAAAUUACGAAAGAAGAAACGUCCAUACAAAUGAUUCCAUUGUGGUCUAAUAAUCAGAACGCUGAUUUGACAUCCCCAAAUCUCGGAGUUAAGGAACACAGUUUUAUUUUGCAAAGCGGGGAUUCUGGAAUCGAAUCUGUACAGGCAAGUCCAGCCCAAAGGGCGAUUAAGCCUUGCAGUUCAUCUACAAUCGAUAUAUAUGACGUUCCAGGCCCUUCAACAUCAAGGCGAUUUAGUUCUGUGUAUCUGCAUCCAGACCGUGCACGUUUUAAUUAUCCUAGUCCAAAUGCUUCUUCUUCUCGAGAUCACAAUGCAAUCGAGGUCAGCGAUUUUUCGAUCAUGGACGGCGGCGGAAACCUGUCGGCUGCGUCGUCGGACGCGUCAUCGCUAAGCGUGCCCGGAUCGAGCGGACCGGGCGGCCACCGUUACAGCGUGCCGUGGGGUAGGCGCCGGAGUUCCACGUGGACGGGCCGAUACUCGGAUACCACCGACCCGGAAUUUGCAGACCUGCAACGGAUGGCCACCAGGGGCAGCGUGGGCAUGCACAGCCUGUCAGAUUCGCUGCACAAGCUGACGUUCACUCAGAGCCUGGCGUUCCCGGAACUGGCGCGCAAGCUGGCCAAUAGGCGGCGACAGGAACAGCUGCGGGCCGCCAUCAACGACAAUAGCCAGGACGACUUCGAAGCGUGUUCCAAGUUUGUAGCGGUGGCCGGCGGGUUCCUGCUCAGCCUCAUGGUGUACUGCGUGGUGAACAAGUACGGAAAAGUAUAAGGGUCGUCGCCCCGUGGCGGCGACAUCACGGGGCUCGGCGCGGUCUUCGAAAACCAGACCGCGGCCAUUCCUACAGCGAUGAACACCACAACCGCCGCGACCGUGUCUGCAGACGCCAUCGCUUCGGUGACACGGACCUAUGCGAGCGGGUCGCAGCCGGCGCCGAAACCGGACGUCGGCGCCAAAGACGGAGGUGUGAGCGGUGGACGGCGUACCGGCCGCUCGCUGUGGAAUAUCAUCAUGACGGGUGUGGACACUUAUGGGGAUCAUAGAGACGACCGCGGAGGGGCCCGGGUCGACGAUCCGGACGACGGACGCGGAAUAACAGGUCGAGGUGCAGGUCUGGACGACGACGACCGCGGAAUAACCGACAGAGGCGGAGGUCCGGAUGACGUCCGCGGAGAAGGUGACCAAGGCGGAGGUCCGGAUGACAUCCACGAAGAAGGCGGCCAACGCGGCGAUGUCGACGAUAACAGGUAGAUUGUCCGGUAGCUGACGCGCGCGUGUUAUUGCACCGCUACACGCGAUACAACACCCACGCACGCACACACACACACACACACAAACGCACUCGAAUUAGUUACGACCUUGACCGACUGAAAUUCGAUAAAACUAUAAAAGCAAACACAUACCUUUAUUUGAAAAGCUACGUUCGCUUAUAAUAUUAUUAUACAAUAAUAAUAAUAAUAAUAUCAUCGUAAUAUAACGACACGACGUGACCGCCACCGUUUCCGUGUUUUCGUUUCUAGUUCUAAACUCCCCACCGCAAUAUGAUAUUAAAUUAUGCAGCCUAACGACAAUGUAAAUACUGUGUUAAAUACAAUGUGUACUACCCUAAACGUAUGAGUUCAAAAGCAUCUACUUCUUUUCCAUACGAAUUGGACUAUAUAAUAAUAAUAUUAUUGUGUGCGCAGAUAAUUCAUAUACAGUACAAAAUAAUAUAUAAAAUUAUAAAUAGUAUAUUUUUCAUGCUUCAUAAUAUGAACUGCGAUUUAAAUGGCUGAUAUAUCGAAUCAAAGUUUUAAAUCGUUUUAAUAUAAUAUUUUAUUCGAAUACCUAUUAACAUUUUAAUACGUGUGUGUGUGUGUACUGUGCAUGGUGCGUGUACGUGUGCGUCAGUGAAAUCAGCCGUAGAUUUGAUUUUUUUCAUGUAGUAACUAUAGUAACUAUAGGUAUGUAACAUGAUUUACAAUAUUAUAUACACCCACAAAAUUCGACAAUUAACUGCAAUUAUUAUGAUUUAAAGCCAUUAGCACUACUCGUAACUACACAAAUCGAGUAUUCGAAUUUAUAGGUAUUCAGUUAUAUAUAUAUAUAUAUAAAUAAAUAUUCUCAAAUUUAAUGCUGAGCGAAGCUCUAUUUUUGUUCAAAAAUAUUUAUUGUACAUUCAGGUCCUCGGUGAUGCUAUUUUUACGGUUUUUACGCAGUUACUUAUGCUUUUUCAGAGUGAAGAGACUUUAUACUAUAUACUGACUAUAAAUAGACACCAAGAUAUUUUGAACACAUUUCCCGUUCAAAUGUCAAUCUGUGUUCACUUUCCAAUCUAUAGAAGUAUGUCAGAUAAAAUUGACGAGUUUUUUUUAACUGCCUCCCAAGAAACCGUGUAAAAAUACAAACAUAUCAUUGUAAAACUAAUAAAAAUAACCGAUGACAGUUCACUCCGCUCAAUACGCCGUUGUAAAACCAAAUAAUAAUAGUAUACCUACCUACGCCAGUCGUUACCGAGAAACGGUAUAUUUUGCUUUUUGGAGCGAAAUAUACGUUUCAGAAAUAAAAAUACAUACAUCAGAAACUAAUUUAUUUGAAAUUCGAAAAUAUUUCAAGUUGACUAAGUUGUUUGAAUAAGUUCGUAACAAAGGAGUUAUUCACGAAAAGUUCAAAAUAGUUACUGCAUCUCGGGUGUGUCAGUUAUCAACAUUGCCAAUUAUUGCCAUUGUAUAGUGUAAAAUUUAACAUUAAACGAGCACCUAUAAUUGGUUAUAGAAGGAAAACCGUAUAGUAUCAGACGAGGCCCUAGAAAUACUCUACGCAAAACUAACUCGAAUCGGCUUUUAAGUGAUUUAAAAAUUCAAAUAAAUUUAACAUACUAUUAUAUUAUAUAUUUUUUCGCCGCGACUGCCACAACGCGACACGCUCUUUAUUGUAAUACAUAUUAUAGACCUUACGUUAUCCAAUAUAAUUUUACGCGGAAUUGAAAUCGUACAACAAAAAUAUAGUUCUAUUGAUAUUUAUUUGUAUGGCAUAUUUUAUUAUUGCUCUAAAUUGACUACUGAAGGUGUAAUGUGUAUAUUAUGUAAUUUCAGGUGAAUAUACGUAUGACGUAUUAAUAACUACCCCGUAAAUCAUGUUAUGACCCACUCGAUGUUAUUUAUAAAUUAUAAUAUUAGGUGAUAAUAAUAAUGAAUAUUAAAUUAUAUAAUAUCAUGCAUAUAUAAUCAAUUAUCAUAAUAUUACAUAAUAUUUAGUUAGAAUAUUAGUUAAUCGUUUUUAAUGUAUAAAAUGAAAUACUUAUACCGCUAUUAUAAUUUAUAAGUAUACCAUUGCAUAUAACUCAAACUUACUACUAUAUAUAGUUGGUAAUUACUAAUUAUUAAUUAGUAUUUAAUAUUACGUUGCUUACUAUUUGUCUACCUAUAUUAUAAUAUAAAUAUAUAUAAGUGAGCGAAUGGGAUCUUAAGUUAUGAAAAUUGAGCUUGAUAUACUCUUUAAAGUCAUCUUUUUGGACAUAUUAAAUACUUGUAGAAUACAUUUUUUUAUUUUAGAAUACACCAUAAAUGGAAAUUUAAUUAAGCUGAACGAUCAAGUAUGUUAUUACUUUAUUAGGUAUACAAAAUAAUGUUUAUGUUAUUUUAAUCUAAACGGGGAAUAUUUUUGUUUUUUUUUUAUUUUGAACUUCUUAAGUAUGAUUUUUCGAAGAAAUGUAAUUAUAAAACGUUUUAAAAUUGAAAACAUUGAAUUUCAUUGAUAAGAAAAGUUUACGUGGAUAGUUUAAAGUAAAAGCAACUACUAAUUUAAAUUUACUUAUAUUUAGGAAUCUAAUUUAAGUUUUAAAUAUUAGAUUGGAUAUGCGUUUAAUGUUUAUUUUAAAUAACAAAAGGUAUCCGAAUAUUAAUUCUCGGAAAAUUGUAUAAUUAAAUACUUAACUAUCUUUUACUGUACCUACAACAUGCCUGAACUUUUAUUAUUCUUAUCCGUUAACAGCGAGUACAUUUCUGUCAUUGUAAUUAUUGAUAGAACUAUAGAAUAAGUAUUUUAUGUAUAAAGUAAUAAUUUGUAAGAUACUCAGUGAGAUAAAACUGAAUUUGUGUAAUAUAUUAAAUUAACUACCUACCUAUACUUAUUUUAUUUUAAUCUCUCCAUUAUUAUUACGAAAAUAACUUAUUAUUAGAUAAAUUAAUUAGUGUAAUGAGUCAAUAAUUUUAAGUUUAACAUUGAAUUUAUGUUACUACACUACCCAUCUCAGAUAUUAUAUGAUAAUAUUAUGUAGAAGAUUAUUAAGACUUUUCUGGUUCCCUUUAUAUUUUAUUGUAUAAUAUUAUUAUGUAGUAACCAAAGUCCACAGCCCUUAAAUUAUUGUUUGGUUUUCACGAUGUAGAAGAUAGAAAUUAAGUUUUGAAAUGUUAAAAUUAAGUGCUCAUAUUAUAAAAAUACGUGUUUUCUUCCCGUGCAAAUUAUUUUGCAUUACCAUUCAUUGUGAGUCUUCAUAUUAUAUAUAUUAUGAUAGAAGAUAAUCCAAUAAAUUUUUAUAAUUUUAAGUAAUUUAAUGUAAUAUGUUUAAUGUUUAUCUAUGAAUGUAAUAUGAAUGGAUUGUCAAUACUCAAUAGUAUUAUAUUUUAAUUAUAAAGAUAAUAU